UCAGACCUAUACACUAUUCUCUAAUCAUUAAAGACUGUUACAAACGAAGAAAAGAAAAAAGACCAACCAAACCAAGAAAGAAGAAGAAGAAGAAGAAGAAGAAGAAGAUGGUGAAAUUGGAGAACCCGAAGAAACCCGAAAACGUUUCGAAUAAGAACAUCCCUUUGUCCGAUUUUGUCGUCAAUUUGGAUCAUGGUGAUCCAACGGCUUACGAAGAAUACUGGAGGAAGAUGGGUGACAGGUGUACGGUGACGAUACGUGGUUGUGAUCUUAUGAGUUACUUCAGCGAUAUGACCAACUUGUGUUGGUUCCUUGAACCAGAGCUUGAGGAUGCGAUCAAGAACUUGCACGGUGCUGUCGGUAACGCUGCGACUGAGGAUAGGUACAUCGUGGUCGGGACCGGUUCGACACAGCUUUGUCAAGCGGCUAUCCACGCACUGUCUUCACUCGCUGGGACCAAUCCUGUCAGCGUCGUCGCCGCCGCUCCUUUUUACUCCACGUAUGUGGAGGAGACGACAUAUGUUCGUUCCGGUAUGUACAAUUGGGAAGGAGACGCAUGGAGUUUCGACAAAAAAGGUCCGUACAUCGAGCUAGUAACGUCACCCAAUAACCCUGACGGAACCAUUAGAGAGACUGUGGUGAACCGUCCAGACGACGACGAAGCCAAGGUGAUCCAUGACUUUGCCUAUUACUGGCCCCACUACACUCCCAUCACUCGCCGUCAAGACCAUGACAUCAUGCUCUUCACUUUCUCCAAGAUCACAGGCCACGCGGGGUCCCGCAUCGGGUGGGCAUUGGUGAAAGACAAGGAGGUGGCUAAGAAGAUGGUUGAGUAUAUAAUAGUGAACUCGAUUGGUGUGUCUAAGGAGUCACAGGUUCGAACGGCUAAGAUCCUCAAUGUUCUAAAGGAGACUUGUAAGAGUGAGUCGGAGUCUGACAAUUUCUUCAAGUAUGGUCGUGAGAUGAUGAAGGAUCGGUGGGAGAAGCUACGUGAAGUGGUGAAAGAGAGCGAUGCUUUCACUCUUCCCAAGUACCCUGAAGCAUUUUGCAACUACUUUGGAAAAUCACUCGAAUCUUACCCUGCGUUUGCGUGGUUGGGGACAAAGGAAGAGACGGAUCUGGCAAGUGAAUUGAGGAGACACAAGGUAUUGUGCAGAGCAGGAGAACGUUGUGGAUCUGACAAGAAGCAUGUCCGUGUCAGCAUGCUUAGUCGUGAAGAUGAUUUUAACGCCUUUCUCGAGAGACUUGCCAACAUGAAAGCUCAUUAAAAGCAUUGACCUCUAGAUCAUCACAAGCGCUUAUAACGCCUUACAAUAAUUAAGAUGACUUUUCUAGUUUUUAGCUUUUACCCUAAUGUUUAUCUAUAAAUAAAUAUGUAGAACCAAAGAGGUAGAACUCUGAACUCCUCUCUCUAUCUUUAUGGCCUUUUAGUUUCUUUCUAUAUGUAUGUGAAAUAUCAAGGUGAAACUGUUCUAGUUCUUAGACUUAA